AGCUUGCCUCCAGAAAAAAUGUUGUGUGCACUCAACAAAGUCCAAAACGAACAAAAGCGUCACAUAAUGUCAUGCUAAUAUAUGCACAAACUCUGCCAAACUGUUUCGGCUGGGAAGCAUGCGGAUGCCUUAACAAACAACAUUUUAGAAAUGAGCUGCUCAACCGGACCUUGAUAAAAUUGUCUCUGAUUUGUUUGAGCAGGGCUUGAUGAAAAGCCUGCAUGCCUAGUAGCUCUCCAGACUGAGGGUUUGCCACAUGUGUUUUAUACAGUUGUUUGUGUAUGAACCCUGUCACAUGUGUAUGAACCCUGUCACUAGCAUAUGCGCCUAAAUAUUUUUCUGUGUGACCUGACCUGGAAUUUUAAUUUAGGAGCACCAGUGAACCAAGAAAAAAAAACGCUUUAGUACCUCAAAAUGUUUCAUUGGGCUCCUAAAUGUCUUUGUGCGCAUCUACAUUUUUCAACUUAUGCACACACAUGUUCUCAUUGUUAAAAAACAGAAGUAAACUUUAAGGUGACGUUGCGUUCUAGUGCAUCCUUCGCCCUUAAGGUCAUGAAUGUCCUACAGGUCUCUAGCUUUUGAGCUUUUUCCCUUUUUGCAGCCUCUGUUUGCUUCUGAUGAGCAGUGGCUGUUACAUGUCCAGGAUGAGCGUUACACAUGUACAUUGAGCAUUUCUAAGCAGCGUCUCUCUGUUAGAGGAAUUCUAAAUUCCUAUAUGUUUUGUAGCCAAAACCAAAUUCACACUCUAUCAAUUUCAUAAUAAGUUGUAAGUUUAUAAUUUGCAUGAAAUAGAUAGAGACCAGUCUUAAAAACAAGUUUAGCAUUUAUUCUUGAUGAGUACUGGCCCAAAAUACAAAGAACAUUACAUUUUAAAGAGAAGAUAAAAAUGACAUCAUCAGUUCUCACACUCUCUCCAAUCCACACAAUAGCGCAUUGUCUUCAGGUCUGGAGAUUGUCUCCUACUCCCCUCAUAAAGCAAACAUUCCAAUCUGUCUAAAAGACAUACUCCUCUCCACUAAUGGAACAUCAAAGAACAUUCUUAUCUAUCUAAAGAGAUAUACCCUCCUUGUCCCUUAAACCCGCAAGGUACAGACAAUUCAUUCGUUUUACCUACAUUUUCAGUCCUAGUUUAACCAAAAACCCAUACAUUUCAUACCACAACAUAAUAGUAUUAAAACUUAAUGGUUCUAAUAAAAAUGUAUACAUAAUUAAUCAUUUCAACUAUAAUUUCCUCCAACACUCUCCCACUGGAUUGUGGAUGCUAUUUCUCUGGCAUAUGACAGCAGAAGGCAGGAAUGACCUAAUGGUGUACACGCGUACACUGUACUUACGGCUGGAGAGGGUCAUUAGGCAGUGUGUAGAUAGAUUGUGCAAUACCUGGGUACCGCACAUUUUCCUGUUGGGUUGUAACUCUGGGUAGACUGCCGUGGACCAUUUCAUUUGGUGUCCACUGGGGUCGUCUUGGGCGUGAUUUUGUAUCCCCAUAGCUGUUUUGAACCGAGUUGAUCAACUAAAAGGGAACGUACAGAUGACUAUAACUACUGUUUACUGAAGGAGGGAAACAACGUACAACACCUGUUCGGCCCGCACCGCCCAGUUCUGGACACGGUGAAGCUCAGUACAGAAUUGAAGGAAUUAAUCUGGGCUUCGGGUUAUCACUUGUGGAAGGCGGCCUUAUCAGGCGUGAUUCUAAUGUUCUUCAGUAGAGGGUGCAAUCAUGCAAACUCCCCAUAACUGUGUUUUACCGCGUUUCCUUUCUUCAGGAAACAGUAGUUGUAGUCAUAAGUAACUGUACGUUUUCUUUCAGCUUGACAUCCCUCCUUAUUGACCUCUGUGCUAUCUCUCUUAACCAACAGCCACCAUGGCUGAGGAGCGGAGGCCGAAGCAGUGCACUGUGGUUCUGCCCACGGAGUCAAUGAAGGCCAUGGCAGAGGCCAUAGGAGUGGGGCAGCUACAGGAGGAGAGCUGUUCCACCCUGAGCGAGGAGGUCAGCUACAGAAUAAAGGAGAUCGCCCAGGACGCAUUGAAGUUUAUGCACCAUGGAAAGAGAUGUAAACUGACGACCAGCGACAUAGAUCAUGCUCUUAAACUGAAGAAUGUAGAGCCCCCAGAGCAGCAGAAGACUGAAUCUACAGAGCCUCUCAAAGCCGUCAAGCCUGGUCAGGAGGAGGAGGGCUCCAUCCAGAAGGGCCAGGGAGCUACAUCUGCAGAGGCAAAAGGAAAGAAGGAUGGUCUGAAGAGGUUGAAGCCCCGCAGUACUCACGAGCUCUCAGUGGAACAGCAGCUCUACUACAAGGAGAUCACGGAGGCCUGCGUCGGGUCCUGUGAGGCCAAGAGAGCUGAGGCCCUACAGAGUAUCGCCACAGACCCCGGGCUCUACCAGAUGCUUCCCAGAUUCAGCACUUUUAUUUCUGAAGGGGUCCGUGUGAACGUGGUGCAGAACAACCUGGCCCUGCUCAUCUACCUGAUGAGGAUGGUCAAGUCCCUCAUGGACAACCCCACUCUCUACCUAGAGAAAUAUCUGCAUGAGUUGAUCCCAGCGGUGGUGACGUGUAUAGUGAGUAAGCAGCUGUGUUUGCGGCCUGACGUGGACAACCACUGGGCUCUGAGGGACUUUGCUGCCCGUCUGAUGGCCCAGAGCUGUAAGACCUUCAGCACCACCACCAACAACAUCCAGUCGCGCAUCACUAAGACCUUCACCAAGAGCUGGUUGGAUGACAAGACUCAGUGGACGACACGCUACGGCUGUAUCGCUGGACUGUCUGAACUAGGACCUGACGUGAUCAAGACGUUGAUCCUGCCCAGGCUCACUGUAGAAGGAGCUCGUAUCAAAGCUGUGUCUGAUGGACCUGUUGUCUCCAACAUUGAUAAGAUAGGAGCAGACCACGUCCAAAGCCUUCUACUGAAACACUGUGCCAGCGUUAUCGCUAAAGCUCGUCCCCUGCCUGACAACGUAGAGCAGUACCGGGCUGACUACGGUUAUCUGGGGCCCAUGCUGUGUUCUCAUGUGGUCAAGGCCAGGGCCCAGGCAGCACUACAGGCCCAGCAGGUCAACAGAACCACACUCACUAUCACACAGCCUCGGCCCAUCCUAACGGUGUCUCAGAGCGGAAUAGGGGGAUCAGGGGGGUCCCGUACCCCCAGCAUGAUCAAGGUACCCAGCUCCCUCACCCUCAUGUCCACCCGACCAGGCACCCCAACACAGCCAUCGCCCCCGGCAACCAAGUACAUCGUCAUGGCAACCAGCUCAGGAUCAUCUUCCACCCAGCAGGUUAUCUUCCUCCUCAGUGACCAGCACGGUCGCCAGCGCUACCUCCACGCUGCAGCCUCUGGUCAAGCUGGAGUCCGGAGGGUCCGGCGGCCUGGGGGGGUCGCGACCCCUCCAGAAGUACAUUGUGGUGUCCCUCCCCUCGUCCUCCUCUCUGGAAAGUAAGAGUGGGGUGCUCCCUCCCUCUUCUUCUGCCUCCCCCAUCCUGCUGGAAGCCAGGAUAAAGGUGGAUU